AUGUCAACCUUCAACGGCCUGGUGGCCGAGUUUCCCGAUAUCCGAGGCAUGUUUCCCGCUCUUCGCGCUUGCAAGGAAUGCCCGAGUUCGGUUUCUGACGAGACCCGUAUUGUGCUGCACGACCACCUCGCGGGUCUUGAGAGCCUGCGGUCGCCCUUCGUCUAUUGUUCUGCAGCCACCAAGGAGAUGCUUCUCCGCCUUGAGAGGUUCCCCUGCCGCAUAAACUAUGCUAAGGGCAUCUUGGAGGCCCGGAUCCAGAGAUAUAAGCACCUCAAAACCUUGCUCAAACCGCUGCCGUUGGAUACGCCAACGACCCUGGAGCUUGAGCCCGGUAACCAUAUCCGGGUCACUCUUUUCAACGCCAACCAUUGUCCGGGAGCUGUGAUGUUUUUAUUCGAAGGCCAGGGCAAGGCUGCUCUUUACACGGGAGACAUCCGCAGCGAGCCGUGGUUUGUAAACACGCUAGUGAGGUCGCCUUCGUUGAUCGAGUACUCAUACGGCUUUAAAACCAUUGACACCAUAUACCUCGACACCUCCUUCAUUGACGAUGACGUUGAAUUCCCACCCAAAUCCGACGGCCUGCGUGAGCUACUGGAGAAGGUAGCCAGAUACCCUGCCGACACCAUUUUUCAUUUCCAGGCCUGGACCUAUGGAUACGAAGAUGUUUGGAUUGCUCUCUCCAAACUUCUAAAUAGCAAGAUCCACGUCGACGAGUACAAAAUGCUCAUUUAUAGCUCCCUUGUAGCAAAAGGGGGCUCUGACGGCACCAGCAUCAGCACUGGAACCGCACGGCUACCGCAACAUCAACAGCAAUUCCACCUGUGCCCUGAAGCCGCGCCGCUGGUUGGCUUCAUUUACGGCAACACGCACCACUCCGGCUGUCUGACGACGCUCCACGAUGUUGACACUCACGGGGAGCGUAUUCGUCUUCACAGCUGCGAGAAAGGCAACUACUGCCAGACGGUCGUGGAGCAGUCCAGCCGCGGGGGUGUUGUUUGGAUUCGGCCCAUUACCGCCCGCCUCCCCGACGGACAGGACAUUGCAGAGGUCGGCGUUGGCGGCGGCGGCGACGACCUAGAGCGCGAGGUUGAGCUGGAUUAUCUCUCUCCCUCCGAUAUCGAGUCUCUUCUCGACAUAAUUUCCCUUAAUGCUGUCGAGAACCCACAAACCCCGUCCUCUCUCGCCACCACCGCCAAUGACAACGAAGCUAGUGAGAACUCCAAGGACAAGGAACAGAUUCGCCUCUUCCUACUCAACGCCGCUGCAGCCGGCCGCAAAAUCCCACUCGACGUUGGCUUCUCGAACUUCAGUGACAACAACGAGACGGAACUGCGGGCCGCCCUCGAAAACAUCGCCCAGAAAUCAAUGCCCUACAGACAGCAGCAGUUACCGGCCUCGACAGGCAAAAGUAACAACCAAUACCAGCAGGACCGCCCAGAAUCAAUAGGAGGCGACAACGACAGAGAAAGAGAGACCUUGCCAAGCGUCAUCACAUUCCCCUACUCUCGACACUCGUCCUACCAGGAGCUGUGCCAUCUCGUUGGGGCUUUCCGGCCCAGAGAUGUCUGGCCAUGCACCGUCUCGCCAGCCGAGUGGUACGAAAAACGCAAGUAUUAUUCCAAUUAG